GGACGGGACGAGGCCAACAGGGAGGCGGGGCGGGGGCGGGAAGAAGCCGGAGGAGCCGCGAGGCGCACGAUACUGAAGUUCUCAAGCAGCAUUCUUUAUCAUCCCAUUGUAAGGAGCCCCUGGAAAAAUUGCUGCGGUGGUAAAGCUUGGAACCUCAGAGCUUGAUGAGGGAACCGAGGCGCAGAGAGGUGACUUGCCCAAGAUCACAUAGCAGACAAGUGGCCGAGCGGGACUGGAACCCAGAUCCUUCUGGCUCCCAGGCCCGUACUCGAGGCCAAUGAGUCAGCAACUUGGAAGAGACUGGAAGGGAAAAGAAAACUCGGAAAUUCUCGUCUUGUUGGGUAUCAGAUGUUGAUGCUCUGAUAGAAAGAAGGCUCCUUGAGCCGACGUGUUUCUGACUCAUUAAAUUUUAAAAUUCAAAAAGUGCAAGAAGAAAGAUCCAGUGUGAUUAUGAGACACAGCUUUGCGGACGUACAAAUGUCUACCACAAGAUUAAAGUGCCGCAUGGUAUGUUCUCUACCGUGAGCUGUCGUAAAAUGAGCUCAAUUGCAGACAGAGAUGAAGGUAGUAUUUUCGACGGGCUGGUGGAAGAAGAUGACAAGGAUAAAGCCAAAAGAGUGUCUAGAAACAAAUCGGAAAAGAAGCGGAGAGAUCAGUUCAACGUCCUUAUCAAAGAACUGGGGUCCAUGCUCCCGGGCAGCGCUCGCAAGAUGGACAAGUCCACCGUUCUGCAAAAGACCAUCGAUUUCCUGCGGAAGCACAGAGAAAUCACCGCACAGUCAGAUGCCAGUGAAAUCCGACAGGACUGGAAGCCUACAUUCCUUAGUAAUGAAGAGUUUACGCAGUUAAUGUUGGAGGCUCUUGAUGGUUUUUUUUUAGCAAUCAUGACAGAUGGAAGUAUAAUAUACGUGUCUGAAAACAUAACUUCAUUACUUGAACAUUUGCCAUCUGAUCUUGUGGAUCAGAGUAUAUUUAAUUUCAUCCCAGAGGGGGAACAUGCAGCAGUUUAUAAAACAUUGUCAACUCAUCUGUUGGAAAGUGAUUCAUUGGCCCCAGAAUAUUUAAAAUCCAAAAACCAGCUAGAAUUCUGUUGCCACAUUCUGCGAGGGACAAUAGACCCUAAAGAGCCAUCUACAUACGAAUACGUAAAGUUCAUAGGAAACUUCAAGUCCCUGAACAGUGUGUCCAGCUCAACGCACAACGGUUUCGAAGGCACCGUACAGCGGUCCCACAGACCUCCGUACGAAGACAGAGUGUGUUUCGUGGCAACCGUUCGGUUAGCUACCCCUCAGUUCAUUAAGGAAAUGUGCACUGUGGAAGAACCCAACGAGGAGUUCACGUCGAGGCAUAGCCUGGAGUGGAAGUUCCUCUUCUUGGAUCACAGGGCCCCUCCCAUAAUAGGAUAUUUACCAUUCGAGGUUCUGGGCACCUCAGGCUACGAUUACUAUCACGUGGAUGACCUGGACAAUCUGGCAAAAUGCCACGAGCACUUAAUGCAAUACGGGAAAGGCAAGUCGUGUUAUUACAGGUUUCUGACAAAAGGACAACAGUGGAUUUGGCUCCAGACCCAUUACUACAUCACCUACCAUCAGUGGAAUUCCCGGCCGGAGUUCAUCGUCUGCACGCACACGGUAGUGAGUUACGCAGAAGUUAGAGCAGAAAGGCGACGAGAACUCGGCAUCGAAGAGUCCCUUCCCGAGAUAGCGGCGGACAAAAGCCAAGACUCCGGGUCUGAGAACCGAAUCAACACGGUCAGUCUCAAAGAAGCUUUGGAAAGAUUUGAUCGCAGUCCGACCCCUUCCGCCUCGUCCAGGAGCUCUAGGAAGUCAUCUCACACUGCGGUCUCAGACCCUCCUUCGACCCCCACCAAGGCCCCGGCGGCCCCGAGCACUCCCCCGCGCCAGCAGGGCCCGGGACCGGAGAAGACGGCGCGCCGACGGUCAUCGCUCAGCAGCCAGUCCAUAAGCUCCCAGUCCGUGGGCCAGCCGCUAGCCUCGCCAGCCAUGUCCCAGGCUCCUGCUUUCCCGACCCAUCUGGGCCUCUCCCAGCCCGCGUUCCAGUUGUCGGCGCAGAUGGGGGCCAUGCAGCACCUGAAGGACCAGCUGGAGCAGCGCACGCGGGUCAUCGAGGCCAAUAUUCACCGGCAGCAGGAGGAGCUGCGCAGGAUCCAGGAGCAGCUGCAGAUGGUCCACGGCCAGGGGCUGCAGAUGUUCCUGCAGCAGCCGGCCCCUGGAUUGAACUUGGGCUCCGUGCACCUUUCCUCGGGGAAUUCCUCGGGCGGCCAGCCCCUCGCGGCCAUCAGCCUGCAGGGCCAGGUCAUCCAGGGCAACCCUGUCCACGGCAGCACCGCGCAGGCCCCGGCACAGCCGCCGCCGCCGCCGCCCCCCUUGCAGGCCCCCGCGGCCCAGCCGAGUCAGCAGAGCGUCCUCGGAGGGCCCAGUCAGCCAACAUCCCUCCCCAGCCAGAGCCCCGGCACCCUGGCCGCCCCGUUGUACAACACUAUGGUCAUCUCCCAGCCUGCGGCCGGGAACGUGGUCCAGCUGCCCAGCGGCAUUCAGCCCAACAGCAGCCCGACCGCGGCCGUGACCGCUUUCGCCGCGGACAGGCCGAUAAGGUUUUCUCCAGGGCAGCAGCUGGUGACCAAAUUAGUGACGGCACCCGUGGCGUGUGGCACAGUCAUGGUGCCCAGCACCAUGUUCAUGGGGCAGGUGGUCACCGCCUAUCCCACGCUGAGCGCCCCGCCGCCGCCCCCGCCCACGUUGGCCCUCCCGCCGCAGCCGCACGGCCAGCAGGACCCCCAGCCGCAGACCCCGGCCCAGCCCCCCGCUCAGCCCCCGCCCCAGUUCCUCCAGACAUCCAGGUUGCUUCCUGGAAACCCUUCAGCUCAGCUCAUCCUCUCUGCUGCUUUCCCACUGCAGCAGAGCCACCACCAUCACCAGCAGCAGCAGCAGCAGCGCCUGGCCCGCCAUAGGACUGACAGCUUGACAGACCCUUCCAAAGUCCCGCCCCAGUAGCCCGCGCACCCCGGGA